AAUGUUAGUAAAUAUAUUGCUUAUUUUUCUAGUAGAUUGUGCUUUAGUAUUUACGCUUCAGCAUCAGAAAUUCCUACAUAAAACGUUGUGGGAUGAGAAGUGCAAGAAGCAUGACGUUGCUUUAAACGACUGCAAUUGGUGUUGGUGCGAUAAAAGCAACCGUUACAGCUGCAAGGCCAGGGUCUGCUCAGAAGUUGAUAUGUUUGGACAUUUUCAAGAUGCAAUUCAAACGAUAAAUGUUGGUAUGGAAGGACAUGGAGUCUGGCGUUCCACCCCUUCCGCUUGUUCCCCUGGAGUGCAAUAUCAUCGUGAAGACAUGCUCUGCGUUUGCACUGAAGAUGGAAAUUGGCCUAACCCUGUCUGUAGAGAUGCCCUUCGAAUGCUCCACCCCGUAGAAGUCACAGAACUAUCCCAACCAGAUACUAACUAUUCAUGUACUCCAAUGAAACUUUAUCUUGUAGGAUGCCAUGUCUGUUUCUGUGCUGAAGGCUAUAUCGACCCUAAUCUAUGCACCAAUACGACUUGUUACCAGGAACCACAGUUGGACAAUACUGAGACAAUGCCAAGAAGUAAGGAUAUAAGUGAUGAUUUGGAAAUAUACGCGACAUGUAAACCGAAUGUAAUGUAUUCGUUCGGUUGCAAGACUUGUAAAUGUUUAAAAAAUAACAGACUUAUUUGCGAACCAUGCAAAGAAAAACAUAAACUGAUUGGUAAUGAAACUCAAACAACCUGUCCAAGAUCGAUCUUCAAAGAUGGUUGCAAUUUGUGUUAUUGCGAUAUGGAUAUGCGAAAAGUUUGCACAAUAAGAAAAUGUCUUAGUAAAGAUACUAUAAAAUACACGAAGACUUCUCAUAUUAAACAUAGAACAGUGCCUGCACCUUUAGACUACGAAGAUUGUGAACCAGGGACAAAGUUCAUCAUCGAUUGUAAUACAUGUAAAUGCAUGACUUUAGGCAAUAAAAAGUUAGUACAAUGUACUGCUAGACCAUGUAACUCAAGUAGCAAUUUAGAAAGAAUAAAAAAUGAUUGCGUUGUAGGCACAACAUUUAUUUGGAAAUGUAUGCAAUGUUCUUGCAUAGAAAGAGACGGUGUGAAAAUACAGUCAUGUUUUACUGAUAAGGCAUGUACUGUAUCACCUAAAAGUCUUAGUUCUGAUGUAAAAAGCCUAAAUGGGUAUUGUGAACCGCUCCAUACAUAUCGGGAUGAUUGCAACCAGUGUAGAUGUUUAGCGGAUGGCGAGACAGUUGUAUGUACAUCCAAAAUUUGUAAAAAUACAAAACCAAUAUCCGUAGAUAUAGUACCAGUUAAAUUGAGAAGCAGAAAUCGCUGUCCAAAAGGCCGAUCAUUCCAUCUCAAGUGUAAUAUGUGUUUUUGUUUAGCAAAUGGUAAUUCUAUGUGUACUACGUCAGAUUGUAGGAAAGAAAAAUUCAAGGUGUACCCCGUUUUACGGAGAUAA